UUAGAUUAUUUUUCGAUCAGACGCACAAAUCUUUUUGUUGAUGAAUUGUUGCCCUGAACAGAAAAUUUAUGAAUACUUUAUAAUCAAACAGAACGAACUGAAACAUAAAUAUGGCUGACAUAAACCAGUAUAAUGAGGUGUUUGAAAGAAAAGUUUCUCUUCUGUCUAUGGAAAGGUUCUCUCAGAAACUGAAAAGUCCACCGGCACCACCACCAGAAGAUAAAUAUUAUUUUAUCACGAUCUUUUUCUUGUUUGUUGGAGUUGCAGGAAUGGUACCACUCACCUUUUUCCUUACAGCUACAGAUUACUGGAUGUUCAAGUUCAGGGAUGUUAGCCAGGAGAAUUAUGAUCCCAAUAACAAAACUUUUCUACAGACUAAUUUUGCAUCGAUAACAUCUAUGCUGACCUCUGUACCAACAGCUUUAACAACUGUGAUAGUAUCUGUUUUUGCUCACAAAAUAGAUCUCAGAUUACGUUUACUUGGUAUUAUGAUAGCACUCAGUAUAUCUUUCAUAUCUUUUACGAUAUUGGUAGAGGUAAACACGGAUUCUUGGCAAUUGGGCUUCUUUAUCCUCACCAUAUCAGUUACGGUAGUCAAUACCUUUUUCGCAAUCACAUUCUCAAUUAGUAACUACACUUUAAUGACGAGAUUUCCUCCAGAAUAUAUAAAAAUUCAUACUUAUGGUUCUUCUAUGUCCGGUGUCAUCAGUGCACUUCUACAAAUAUGUUGUCUUGUCAUUGGAGGAAGCUCUCUUCAAGUUGCCCUGAUUUAUUAUUUAUGUGGAACUGCAAUUUUGGUUGUUGCGGCAAUCUUGAUUUACCUCACCAAAUAUUCACCUUUAUACCACUAUUAUAUGGAAGGUAUUGAAGAGGAAACCAAUAAACCAACUCCUUCGUUUGCAGAUCUGAAAGAAGUAUUCAAACGUGUAUGGCUUGUAUUACUUCCAAUGGUUCUGACAAUACCAGUAAUGGGUCUCAGUUCAACAACUAUUACAAUUUUAGUUGUGUCGGAAAGCACAGGUGCUUGGGGCAAAAAAUUUUUCACGCCUGUGUCCACUUUUCUUCUGAAAGAAAUAUCAAGUCUCCUGGGGAGAGUCUUUGCAACUCCAAUUAUGACGCGUAAGAAUGCUAAAUGGUUGAUUCUUCUUAAUUUGCUGCAAGCUUAUGGGUUUGGUAUACUCAUUCCCUUAUGUAAUGCCAAACCUAAAAGUCACCUACCAGUUCUAUUUCCCCAUGAUUGGCAAUAUAUGUCAUUGAUGACCCUUAAUGGACUCAUUAUGGGUUAUUGUAUGACUGUUACCUUUCUCAGUAUGUCAAAUUUUGCUGGUGACAAGACGGAACAAGCCUUUCAACUAUUUCAGGGCACUAUGAUGAUCAUGAUGAGUGUAACUUCUCCACUCAAUCAAAUUUGGGUGAAUAUCCUCUAGGAUGCUUUGAAAAUCUGACAGAUUUUAAGCGUAUCGUAUCGAAAAAAAAUCAACAGGGGUCUCAAAAAGAUAUGACAAAUGUAUUAAACAAUAAAAAUAUAUGAAGAGAUUGAAGUUUUGUAAACAUAUUUUUGUGACAAGAUGAACAAAAAUUCGGCUUUGAAUAUUCCAAAAAUUGUUCUUAUGGUUAUGAAUUAAAAUAGAAAAUAUGUACAAAAUGA